GCGUUGGGGCCGCAUUUCUCUUUCGCACUUCGAUCGAAGCAGACGUGUCUCUCUCCUACCGUGAUCGCGUGUUGUUGUUGUUCGUCGUCGUCUUCCUCUUGCCGAUCCAUCGCAUCCGCAUAUCCACCCACCCCCCACGAGUGAUAUCUGUGGAAUCAAAAGCCAUGUUGAAGUCCAUUCUCGUUUUGUCGUGCCUCCUGGUGGCCAGCAGCAGCCUCGUCCGCGGCGAGGACCUGAAGGUGGAGGUGAUCAGCACCCCGGAGGUGUGCGAUCAGAAGUCCAAGAACGGCGACUCCCUCACCAUGCACUACACCGGCACCCUCCAGGCCGAUGGCAAGAAGUUCGACUCGAGCUUCGACCGCGACCAGCCCUUCACAUUCCAGUUGGGAGCCGGCCAGGUGAUUAAGGGCUGGGACCAGGGCCUCCUCAACAUGUGCGUGGGUGAGAAGCGCAAGCUGACCAUUCCCCCCCAGCUGGGCUAUGGAGAUCAGGGCGCCGGCAACGUGAUCCCGCCCAAGGCCACCCUCCUGUUCGACGUGGAGCUGAUCAACAUCGGCAACGCCCCGCCCACCACCAACGUCUUCAAGGAGAUCGACGAGAACGCCGACAAGCAGCUGAGUCGCGAAGAGGUAAUCGUCUAUGUCAGCGAAUACCUGAAGAAACAGAUGACCGCCGUCGAGGGCCAGGACUCGGACGAGCUGAAGAACAUGCUGGCCGAGAACGACAAGCUGGUGGAGGAGAUCUUCCAGCACGAGGACAAGGACAAGAACGGCUUCAUCUCGCACGACGAGUUCUCCGGGCCGAAGCACGACGAGCUGUAGGCUCCUGGCGAGGCAGGGCCUGGCGGGAAGGGACACGAGUGCUUAAGUUAUAUGAAACACAAAAAUAAAUAUAUACACACUAAGAAAUAUAUAGAAGAUCAGAUGAGUGCGACUGAUGCGUUUCGAUGUCAUUUUGUAUAUAGAUCCAGAAACAUUCGACCCAUUCGAGGUUCUACAGAGUCGGAGUCCCUAGUUCUAGAAAUCGGUUCUAGACGUAGCUUAAAUUAUAUACAAUCUGAGCGAGAAUGAACAUCUUUUUUAUAUACAUUUAUAGGUUGUUAUAUUCAAGUUGUGACUAAUUUGUGCUUGGCGUUCAUAUCAUAUUUUAUAAAAAACAAGAAACACACGACAAAGUCAAUUGGAAACUUUGGAGUUCAAUAAAGAAUACACCUAACUUAA